GGUCCGCCAUUUUGUUCCAGAUUGUGUUCUAGACAAAACCCGGUGUAGUUGUAACUCUGUGUCGCUGAAUGUACUCGUUAUAAACGUACAUUAUUGUCUAGUACAGUUUUUUGAGGGGGGCUAUAUUCGCGUAAACUAAACUUAAAAUCGUUUUAGUUGAAAUUUUUGAGUUAUUAGUGAAAUUUUGACGAGAAGUACAAUAUGCCAAGCCAUCCGCUUCGCGUAGCGGUGGUGUGCUCGAGUAACCAGAACCGCAGCAUGGAAGCACACAACAUCCUCAGCAAGCGCGGUUUCGAUGUGCGAUCUUUCGGCACCGGAAGCCACGUGAAACUCCCAGGACCCACUCCAGACAAGCCUAAUGUGUAUGACUUCAAAACCACUUACGAACAGAUGUACAGCGAUCUGGUCCGAAAGGACAAGGAACUAUAUACACAGAAUGGCAUCCUGCACAUGCUGGAGCGCAACAAGCGCAUCAAGACCAGACCUGAACGCUUCCAGAACUGUAAGGACCAGUUUGACCUGGUGAUCACCUGCGAGGAGAGAGUGUACGACCAGGUGCUGGAGGACCUGAAUUCCCGUGAACAGGAGACGUUCCAGCCGGUGCACGUCAUCAACGUGGACAUCCAGGACAAUCAUGAGGAAGCCACACUCGGAGCUUUCCUCAUCUGUGAGCUGUGUCAGUGUAUUCAGCACACUGAUGAUAUGGAGAAUGAUAUCGAUGAGCUGCUGCAGGAGUUUGAGGAGAAAAGCAGCCGUCCGUUCCUUCACACCGUCUGCUUCUACUGAUUUCUGUUGCGCAUGCACAAGCAUACGUGCACAUACACAACCCCCCCCCUCAAAACACACACACCCACCCACACCAUCCUGAGGCCCAGCUGGACUGGUCACACUCACAUCAUCAUACUGACAUCAUUCUGAUCUCAGAGCUGCACCUGUAUUACUACAUCUCACACACACACACACAUUCUGUUUCAUCCCUGAUAAUGGAGCGCUGUUUCCUGCUCUGAGUCAGACACAGCUCUCUCUCUCUCUUUCCCCACACACACACACACACACACACACACACAGCCUCGCCACAUCCAUACACACACUCAACCGCAGGUAUUAAUUUCAGAAUGCAGGACAAACCUUUCUUUUUCCUUCUGAGAAUUUUUUUUUAUUGCUCUAAUAUGCUGAAUAAUAAUUAAUAUUCAGGUUGUACAGUUUGGAGAGGAUCUGCUGUGUGUGUGUGUGUGUGUGUGUGUGUGUGUGUGUGUGUGUGUAAGCAUUGACAUGUUUUUACUUGAAUACAGAUGAUGAUGAUGAUGAUGAUUUAUGAUUAUAAUGAUGAAGCAGAAAAUGAGUUUCAGAUGUUAUUUCUUUGUGUUUAUAGUUAUUUAAACAUGGAAACUCUUCAGGAUCUGAUGCUUUCUAAGAUCUGUUGUUUCUGUUUUUGCUUUUGUUUUUUGUUUUUUGUAAUCUGUACGCGAGUGUGAUUGUAAGUCCAGAGUGCCUGAACAUUUGUGUAAAUAGUACACUUAAAGGAAGAAAAAAAAAAACCCUAAUAAACCCAGUGAAAUGCAA